CACACACACACACACACACACACACAGUCAGUCAGACGAGCUCGGGGAGUAGGAAGAGGAGGAGGAACUCAUUCGGCACUAGAGCAUGGGGAACGCGGCCCUCAGCGUGCGCCACCCGGCCAGUCUGGAGCACGAGGUGCAGUACCUGGAGCACGGGAAGGUGGUGGAGUCGAGCGGCGGCCUGCUGCGGCUGGAGAAGAGUGGGGGGGCCGUCGUGGGGUGCGGAGGGCGUGUGGUCUUCAGGAACGCAGAGUCGGACAGCCAGUGGACGUACCGGGUGCUCCAGCAGAUCUCCGCACACGCUCCCAUCGGCCACGAGGUCACCGUCCUCGCGGCCGACCAGCACAUCUCCGCACACGCUCCCAUCGGCCACGAGAUCACCGUCCUCGCGCCCGACCAGCCCCACGCAGACGCUCCCAUCGGCCACGAGAUCACCGUCCUCGCGCCCAACCAGCCCCACGCAGACCAGCAGAUCUCCGCACACGCUCCCAAUGGCCACGAGAUCACCGUCCUCGCGCCCGACCAGCCCCACGCAGACCAGCAGGUGGCGGCAGAGCUCGGCAUGCCGUGGCGUGAGGUGCGGGAGAGCGUGGCGCUCGUCAAGAGCACGAUUGGUGAUUCUAGCGCCUGCUCCGAGCUCUACUGCUACGUGGAUUACAACGUGACGAACAGCGGGAGGUACGAGUGGACGAGGAACGACCUGUACCUGAAGGCCACACACACCUGGGCCGAGGGCUCGGAGAUGGUCAUCGACGUCUCCUUCCUCACGCACGAGGAGAAGGAGGUCGAGAAGGAGAGGCAGAAGGAGAUGGCUAAAACAAUGAGAAACGUUAUAUUUAUGUUCGGAAAUAACACCACUGAUGUGACCAGCAAAACGUAAUAUUUCACACAAUGAGAAACGUUAUAUUUAUGUUUGGAAAUAACACCACUGAUUUGACCAGUAAAACGUGAUAUUUCUAUCACGUAACACUUUAAAACAUUAAACAACUGUAGUAUUGUUAGUAUUCUAGAACAACUGUAGUAUUCCUAAUAUUCCAAAACAACUGUAGUGUUGUUAAUAUUCUUAGAAUGACUGUAGUAUUCCUAAUAUUCCAAAACAACUGUAGUAUUGUUAAUAUUCUUAGAAUGACUGUAGUAUUGUUGACUGGUCUGAGGUCUAUAGCAACCAUCAUCAAGGACUAACUGAGAAAGCAAGCAAGCCCAGAGCCCUCAAAGCCUAAACUAUUAAUAGCCUAUACAUUUGAAUACAACGCAUACGUUUUGGAGUGUAAACUUAAAAACUCACUUAAAACAGCUGAUUCGAAUUAGCAUAACUCUUCAGCCAGCUAGAGCAGCUAAUUGAUGAGAUCACCUGUGUUAAGUGCACAGGUAGAACCAAUAUAUGAUUGGACUUGUACUUUCUGAAGCUGGACUUUUCCACCUCUGGUCCAGCCUGCACCAUGAAACAUAACAAACUGUUCCAGCCAAUCACUGGUCCAGCCUGCACCAUGAAACAAACUGUUCCAGCCAAUCACUGGUCCAGCCUGCACCAUGAAACAUAACAAACUGUUCCAGCCAAUCACUGACGAGAUGUGCAUUCAGGAGAGUGUCAGUUGCAUGUAAGAGGGAGAGAAAGGGGGACGAGCUAGCGCUCUGAUUUGUGUAAACAUCAACAGAUUGCUUAGAGCACCUUUAAUAUUCUCUGAUUUGUGAAAACAUCAACAGAUUGCUUAGAGCACCUUUAAUAUGAAUAUGAUUUGUGUAAACAUGAACAGAUUGCUUAGAGCACCUUUAAUAUUCUCUGAUUUGUGUAAACAUCAACAGAUUGCUUAGAGCACCUUUAAUAUUCUCUGAUUUGUAUAAACAUUAACAGAUUGCUUAAAGCACCUUUAAUAUGAAUAUAAUUUGUGUAAACAUUAACAGAUUGCUUAGAGCACCUUUAAUAUUCUCUGAUUUGUGUAAACAUGAACAGAUUGCUUAGAGCACCUUUAAUAUGAAUAUGAUUUGUGUAAACAUUAACAGAUUGCUUAGAGCACCUUUAAUAUUCUCUGAUUUGUGUAAACAUCAACAGAUUGCUUAGAGCACCUUUAAUAUGAAUAUGAUUUGUGUAAACAUACACAGAUUGCUUCGAGCACCUUUAAUAUGAAUAUGAUUUGUGUAAACAUAUACAGUACAGAUUGCUUAUAGAGCACCUGUAAUAUUCUAUGGACAGCAGUCUGAAGAUUAACGGUGUCUGUUGCUGAGUAUUUGUGGUCUCCAUGGAGACAUGUAGAGGUUCAAGCAUUGUUUUAAAGUUUACUGUAUGAUGUACCUGUUUUGCUUGCGAGAAAAUAAACACAUCAUCCCUGA